UGCUGACACAUGAUUGGCUGAUUAGAUAAUCAUGUACAGGUUUCCUAAUAAAGUGGCCAGUGAAUGUAUAUAGUGUAUAAUGUGUGUGUGUUUCAUUCCACAGCAGAGAAAGUGAGCUCUCUGGGAAAAGACUGGCACAAAUUCUGUCUAAAGUGUGAACGCUGCAGUAAAACACUGACUCCUGGAGGACACGCCGAGCAUGAUGGGAAACCGUACUGCCAUAAACCCUGCUACGCUGCACUGUACGGACCCAAAGGUGUGAAUAUUGGUGGUGCUGGAUCAUAUGUGUAUGAAACACCGGUGACUGAGACACAGACCACCUCCACACCACCCAGAGCUGAGGAGAGGAAAACUGCAGCGCCACCUAGAGGCCCAGUGAAGGGUGAGAACCUCAGAGAACCAAUAAACCUGGGUUCUAGUACUGCAAUAGUCUGCAUGAUUAUAAAUAAAAAAAUAUUGAGGAUUAACAUGAUUAUUUUUAUUUCCUUCUGUCCAGCUGCCAGUUUCUCGUCGUUCUCUGGAGAACCGAAUAUCUGUCCCCGCUGCAACAAAACCGUCUACUUCGCGGAGAAGGUGAUGUCCCUGGGUAAGUAUUGGCACAGGCCGUGUCUGCGCUGUGAGAGGUGCAGUAAGACGCUUGCUCCAGGAGGUCACGCUGAGCAUGAUGGCCAGCCGUACUGCCAUAAACCCUGCUACGCUGUCUUGUUUGGACCUAAAGGUGUGAACACUGGAGGGAUGGGCAGCUACAUCUAUGAAGAGCCAAACGCUGAGCCUCAACCAUGAAUCCACCACACACACACACACACACACACACACACACACACAGUUUAUACUUUUAUAUAUCGAUGAUGUAGUGUUCAGGUGAAUUAAACACUGAUGUCACUAAUACAGUAUUCUUAUUAUUCUUAUUAUUAUUGUUAUACAGUAUUAUUAUCAGUGUUGGUUGUUUAAUGU